UCUAGACUCCUAACCCUUAAUUUCGACACUCGCCAUGCAAUGAAAAUAGUUUCCUUUUGGAAUACUCUUGAAAGAAUCGGCUUCAAGCACUUUGUUUACGAACUUCAACAAUUAUCUGAUUCUUCGCUUUUCUCUUUGGCCAAAGACUCCGUCCUCUGCUUGCAAUGCCUCUACUCUUCUUCCCAACAAAUCUUCCUGUGGCUCCGUCUCGAUUUUCACGAGAUGAACAAACUUGUUUCUCAAGAAAUCUUGUUGGGGUUUCUCGUUAAGAACAGGGAGAGCAUUAAACGGAUGAUCAAGGGUUUUGAAGGGGGUAAAGUUGAAUGGGAAGACAAAACAUUGUUUAUGACAUUCUCGAGGGGACAUCCGGUUUCAAAUAAAGAAAUACAUGGUUUCAUAGUGGGUAAAUUCGGGAGUUGUGGGGAGGCAAUCUGUAUGGAUAAAAACCCAAAGUGGCGUUUGUUCGCCUGUGUUGUUCUAAGGUCACACUCUGACAUGUCCAGGAUUCUUGGGGGUCAAAAACUAGUGCAAAAAAUCAUUAAUGGCAAACAAGCUAGGGUUCGAAGAGUUGUCCCCAAAAAUAUUCUUAUGAAAACAAGUUAGCCGCAGUUAUUGCAGUAAGUUAGUGGUUCGUGGUCUUUAAACAUUGAUUCAUGGCAAGAUCAACAGCAUUGUUUCGUAGUUUGUCUCCUGUUUCGUAGGUAGAAGUGGUUUAGUUUACAGUUUUACAUGUUCCAUAUUCCGAGGUUGUAAAUUGUAAUGCUGAUCU